GGACCACCACACCCGGCCUAGAAAGAGCCCCUCCCCAGGGAAUCAGGUUGACCUUUGCUUCUAGAAGUUCCCGCCCUAAAUCCUCCCUUCCUGUGGUCUCAGUUGUGCCAAAUGUGAGGUUUCCCUCAGGGCUCCUGAAUGCGGGUCUUCCUCUUGCAUUUCUUCAAAACCCUCAUAGGCUGGGUCAGGUAGCCCAGAAGUAGGGUCCAUUGUCUCUCGUGAAUUGUUCUGCGGCCUGCUCUCUGUAAUGCAAAAAGGAAGGAGAGGAACUAGCCGGCAAGAUCUGCAAAUAGCGUGGAGCACCGGGAUGUGAUUAGCAUAUCAGCAGUUGCAGGUUAAACGGCUAUAUGGAUGCCUUGGAAGGUGUUUUCUCAACAUGCAGAUGUGAGUUUGAGACGUAAUAUCCCCACAGAAGACGCAGAGCAGGAGGAAGAAGAGGAGGAAAUGGCAGCUUCUCAGGGACGGCUGACAUUCCAGGAUGUGGCCAUAGACUUCACUCAAGAGGAGUGGGAAUGCCUGGACCUCGGUCAGCGGGAAUUGUACAGGGACGUGAUGUUAGAGAACUACAGGAACCUGGCCUCCUUGGGUCUUGUGGUCUCUAAGCUGGACCUGGUCACCUUUCUGGAGCAAAUGAAGAAUCCCUGGGAUGUAAGGAGACUGGAGACACCAGCCAUAUACACAGCUGUGUCUUCUCACAACACCCGUGGUUUGAUGUCAAAGAAUCCAAGGUUAGAACAUUUAAUCCAAAAAGAAAACCUAGGAAUAUAUCAAAGAGCUCACCUUGGAAACGAACAUUUAAUGAAAGACCAGGAAUAUAUGGGGAUAUGUGAAAGAUCUAGAAGAUGUUUAUAUGGACAUAGAGAAACUGAGAUAGUUUCACACAAUGCGGACAUUACUGCCAAAAUAAAUGAGCAAUGUGAGUCAAAUUGUGGGAAACACCCAUUUCAGUUAUCAACAUCUGCAGAGAAGUGUAUCUCUUCAAGCAAAGGCUUAAAUCAUUUUUUGAAACGUACACGUUUUCUGAAGGGAAAUGUGGAAAAUCUGGAAAGUCAUCCAGUCUCUACUGCAAAUACUCAUUCAAACCACUCUGAACACGGGCUUCGAUUACACAUACAUUCAAGCACGUCUGAAAACCAGAAAUUUAAAAACGAUGGGGAAAACUCACAAUAUAGUCAGUUUGAGGGAUCUGUGAGCAAGGGGUCAUUAUUCUUCCACCAACAGACAGUUUCUCUCUGUCCCAAAAUGUGUAACGUUGAUAAUAAUGGAAGAGAGUUAAUCCCACCAUCAGUGUUCAAUACACAUCAUGAUACGGUUAAUACGGAACAACUUCCCACGUGUAAUAACACGAGUCAGGCCUUAAGUAAGAGCUCUACCCCCAAUGAUUACAAGAAUAUUUACGAUGGACUGAGAAACCACUCAUGCAAUGAAACUGGGUAUAAAACUGAACAAGACUCUAACCCUAUGAAACAUCAGGGACCUCAAUCUUCAGACAAAGAUUCUAAAAAUAGUACGUGUAGGAAUAUCUUUUAUCAAAUAUCAGGUCUUCCACUAAAUGAGAGUACACAUACUGGAGAGAAGAUUUAUAAUUGUGAAUAUGGUGAUGUUUCUAAUCAGUCUUCAAAUCUCACUCAACAGCAGAGUAUUCAGAAUCCACAGAAAAGUUACAAGUGUAAGAAAUGUGAGAAAGCCUUUCCUAAGUCAUCCAGUCUAAGUAGACAAAGGAAAAUUCAUUCAGUAUGGAAACCUUUCAAAUGUACAGAGUGUGGCAACACCUCUAAUCCGAAUUCAAAGCUUAGUCAAGAUCGGCAAAUCCACACUGGCAAGGAACCUUAUGAAUGUAAGGAAUGUGGAAAAGCAUUUAUGUCUUGCUCACAUCUUAGUCAACAUCAGCGAAUUCACACUGGGGAGAAGCCUUAUAAAUGUACAAAGUGUGGCAAAGCCUUUAAUCAGAACUCAAAUCUUACUCAACAUCAGCGAAUCCAUACAGAGCAGAAACCUUACAAAGGUAAGGAAAGUGGCAAAGCCAUUUUUAGGUGUUCACAUUCCAGUCUGCAUCAGCGAGUUCAUGCUGGGGAGGAACCAAACAAAUGUAAAGAAUGUGGCAAAGUGUUUCCUUGUAGCUUAUGUCUUACUCAACAUCAGAUAAUUCAUAUGCAGCAGAAAUCAUACAAAUGUACAAAGUGUGGCAAAGCCUUUAAUCAGAAGUCAAAUCUUACUCAACACCAGAGAAUUCAUACUGGAGAGAAGCCUUAUAAAUGUAAGGAUUGUGGCAAAGAAUUUAACCAGUGCUCAGGUCUUACUUACCAUCAGAGAAUUCAUACUGGAGAGAAGCCUUAUAAAUGUAAGGAUUGUGGCAAAGCAUUUAGACAACACUCAUAUCUUGCUAAACAUCAAGUAAUCCAUACUGGAGAGAAAUCUUACAAAUGUAAAGAAUGCGGAAAAGCCUUCAGUCACUACUCAACUCUUGCUAAACAUCAACGAAUUCAUACUGGAGAGAAGCCUUAUAAAUGUAAGGAUUGUGGCAAAGAAUUUAACCAGUGCUCAGGUCUUACUUACCAUCAGAGAAUUCAUACUGGAGAGAAACCUUAUAAAUGUACAGAAUGCGGGAAGUCCUUUAGUCAGAACUCAACUCUUACUCAACACCAGCGAAUUCAUACUGGGGAGAGGCCUUAUAAAUGUAAAGAUUGUGGCAAAGACUUUAGCAAGCACUCAGGUCUUACUUACCAUCAGAGAAUUCAUACUGGAGAGAAACCUUAUAAAUGUAAAGAAUGUGGAAAAGCCUUCUGUCACCACUCAAGUCUUAUUCAACACCAGAGAAUUCAUACUGGAGAGAAACCUUACAAAUGUAAAGAAUGUGGAAAAGCCUUUAUCAAGCACUCACAUCUUACUCAACAUCAGAGAAUUCAUAUUGGAGGAAAAACCUUAUAAAUGUAAGGAAAGUGGCAACGGCUUUAAUCAGAGCUCUCACCAUAUUAGACAUCAGACAGCAUGUACUGGAGAGAAACCCUAGUAAUAAAAUAAGUGAUGGAAGAGGUUUGUCCUAAACAUACACUUCAGAAAAUACAAGACCAUGUAUUUAAGAAAGAUAAGGAAUAGCAUAAAAAAAUGUAGAAAAGUAUUUAAUGAGCAUUAAAUUAAAUAAAUACCAGAAAUUGCACACUAGAAAAAGUGAAAGUCGCUCAGUCGUGUCGAACUCUUUGCAACCCCAUGGACUGUGCAUGGAAUUCUGCAGGCCAGAAUACUGGAGUGGGAGGCGGAUCUUUACCAACUGAGCUAUUAGGGAAGCCUGCAAAAUAGAAAGCAUUUCAUCAAUGCUGUUUUUUGAAGUUCCUCUUCAGGAGAAGUAUUGUAGACAGUAAUCCAUAGUUAAAACAGAUAGAAAAUUGAUAUGUUAGUAUGGAUCACAAGGAACGGUUGGUAUUUAGAAAUGUACAAUUAUUAGCAAUAUAUCUUUGUUUAUAUUGACAUGGUUUGUGAUUAUUUGAAAACCAAAAUAAAUGUUAUUCAACUCUCAAAUUA